GUUGCGUUGCCAUUGAAUCGCUGAUUUCAUGCCUCAUCUCAUCUGUGCACCGCUCUUUUGGUAGCCUUCUCUGUGUUCAAACUGGCUGUCAGAGAAAUCAGAAGAAGAAAGACACUUGGGAUUUUCUCAUCGAAAAUGACGAUCAAAUUGAAUAAUAAUAAUAAUAGUAAUAGAAAAAAAGAAAAAACAGAAAGAGACAUAAGGACUAGCUAUAAAAGGGAUGUUAAGCGCCAACCAAAGAUUCUAUCAGUUUCUCCGUACCGUUCCCAGUUGCUGUUGCUUCGUUAUGGCGAAUCUGAAGCUUUAUUCCUAUUGGAGGAGUUCUUGUUCUUUCCGUGUGAGAAUCGCUCUCAAUUUGAAAGGGUUGAAGUACGAGUAUGUACCGGUGAACCUGCUCAAGGGAGAGCAACGCAGUCCAGAGUUUUUGAAGCUGAAUCCAAUUGGAUACGUGCCAGUACUAGUGGAUGGGGACAUGGUGUUGGCUGAUUCUCUUGCCAUCUUAUUGUACUUGGAUGAGAAGUACCCUCAGCAUCCCCUGUUGCCAAGUGAUCUGAGAAGAAAAGCCAUUAAUUUGCAGGCGGCAAACAUUGUUUCCUCGAGCAUACAGCCUCUUCAGAAUCUCGAUAUAAUGGACUACAUCAAACAAAAAGUGGGGCAAGCAGAGAUUGUUCCGUGGGUUCAAUAUCAUGUUCGAAAAGGCUUUGCCGCACUUGAAGAGUUGUUGAAAGAUCAGGCUGGGAGAUAUGCAACUGGAGACGAAGUUUUUCUGGCGGAUUUAUUCUUAGCACCCCAGCUCCAUUCUGCUAUUAAAAGGUUCAACCUUGACGUGACAGAGUUCCCUCUUCUGUCUAGGCUGAAUGAGGCUUACAGCCAGCUACCAGCAUUUCGAGAUGCUUUGCCAGAAAAGCAGCCAGAUGCUCCUUCCUCAGGCACUGCUUAGACAAAUGGUUUUGGCGUAAAAAGACAUACUGUGUCAAUGAAAAAACAAACUGGAGAAUAAAUUAGAUAAGUAGUAUAUAUGCAAACUAAUAGAAAUAACGACUUGGAUAGUGUCAAACCUAAGGUUAAGGGCUAUAGCCACUUUCACGCAUCGUUUGUUUGUUCAUUGCAUGGCCUAUUCCAUUUUCAUCCUACUAUCUAUUACUUAAAAUAGAAUAAAGUUGUUUUGGCCUGUUUGGUAGUGCUUUUGGAAGCCCCAAAAAUCCUUUGCGCUGAAUUCAUUGUAUGUAAUGUGUAUGGUACACAUGUGUUCACAAAAUACUUAGAAAAAGUUUGGAUUUUUAAUUUUUGUUUCCUA